ACAUCACCGAGACGACACGAGUUUCAUUGUUCGUCUUGUCGCCACCACUGAAACCAUCGGUGGUCGCUUUCUGUUGGCCUCUUCCAACACGUUUUCUACUAGCUCGAUGUUGUAGAAAGCCUCUCAGUAGCGCCGUCGUUGACAAGCACGCACGCGCUUCAACCACCAGAUUGCGGGGGUUGAAGCGCCAGUUGCACCUCAGCCACACCCGGACGAGCCAUGUAGUCGGUCUACUUUCCGCACUACAGCGGACAAUUGUUGCUUCUGCGCCUACAGGUGGUACGCUUUCUUGUACUUUUUAUUACCUACCUAGGUGAACUAAUUGACAUUAGUAGAUCUUAAUGAGCAUAACUGAAAAUAAUCGUGUAGGAAUGUAUUUGUAUUAAAAUCAGUGAUCGAAUCACGAGUCAAAUUCUACUAACUCCGCAAAGCUCCGUAAAGAUUCGACGAGGGUGAAACAGUGAGGGGUAGAAGUGGUAGUGGUAAUGGGGGGUGGUAGUGAUUACAUACACUGUGUACGCAUGCUAACAUCGUUAAUUCAAUUUUAAUUGUAUUAGUAUUAACUUUAUUAACAGUAAACUGAAAGCUCAAAUGAUUGUUACUGUGUGCAUGGCUGUUAUUACUCAACGAGCUCAUUUAAAACAGAAAGUACGAAAAACGAGCGAAAAAAAAUAUAAGCAUUCGACAUCAUGGGAUGUUCAAGUAUCGAUCACAACUAAUAUAAAGAAAGAGCGCGGUAGCGUCAGUCGACCUGUUGUCCAACUUGUUGCUCAACCUGCGGCGUUUGCCUUAUUGAAAUUUAUUCAAACCAGAUCGACAGUGAAAGACGUUUAUUCUAAAUAGUGAAGGAUAAAUGUACAAUAUGAUAAAAACAUGAUGCAGAAUGCAAGUAUACUGAUUAAUUAUUGUCAGAUCGACACGGAAGACACAAAUAUCUAAGAAAUAGAAAUGUAUAAGCUAGACUUUGACGAUUUUAUAUCUAUGAAACGAAAAGGUUUUAUUAAGUUAAAUAUAAUAAUAUUGUAGUAAUAAUAAAAUAAUUAAUGUAAUAUUUAAGUAAAUAAUAAUUAAUUUCCACCCAGAUAAAUACAACGAAAGCAAUAUUAAGCAAGGUAAAAUUAGAAUCAGUAGUAAUGAUAACUCAGUAAAGAUACAUUAAUUAACGUACAAGUGAAUUUAUUAAUAUAAAUAAUUAAUGAAACUUUGUUCAUGUGACAGAUUGAGAAAGUGAUUCUCUUUGGUCAAAAAAGUCCAUUAUUUACCGCUAAUUUAACGAAUUAGCUCACUUUGUGAUGAAUUGUACAUUAAUAUUAGGAAUAAGUAUAUAUCUUUAGAGGUAUCGUGCAACGAGAUAUUUUAGAACCUUUAAGAAUAAUUGAAUUAAUUAGACCAAAUUUUGAAUAUUAAUCAACUUAGAAAAUCUUACACAUAAGGAUAAUUAUCUUUUGGUAUUGACGUCAAGUCCUGCAAUUGAUAUUUUAUAAAAUUCAAGUUAAAAAUAGUGUUUAAAUUUUUAUAAUUUCACACAUCGGUUUUUUUUGCACUGUUUAUGUUAUUUGUUUCCUCUGUGCAAAUAAAAAUUUACCACCAUGCCGCGAUGUUAUAUGGUAAAAAAAGCUUUGUGCAACAAGUACAUGAGUGUUACGAGAGGAUUUGAAAGUUGGAACAGAUCUAGGGAUUCUCCUUCACCUCAUGCAACUCUAAUAACAGACUCUCCUAAGGUUUCUAUUACGCCCAUAGAUUCUUUAGAUAGCAAUGCAUCUCAGUUGAGGGAUGUAGUAUUCGAUAGAAAAAUAUAUUCCGUAUCAACUUCUAAUUCAAUUUCAUAUUCGUCGCCGAAAUCAGAAAAAGAUUCUUCAGUUCUUGACUGUGAAAAAGUGGAUCAUGAGAGUUCAGAUACAAUAUCUACAGCAACAUCUUCUUCGAUAACUACAAAUAAUCGAUGUCACAAUCCUAUCAUUACAAACUCAUCAAAAACUCAAGAUGCAGAGGAAACGCCCAUAUUUCGAGAUAGAUCAGCAGCAGAAACUGAAGCAGCACAUGAUCUUUUAGAAUUAUCAAGAUCUUUACCUCCUUUGCCACCACCAAGUAUCGCGAUUGGUCCUCAAAAUGUAAUAGAAUCUCCCACUACUGAAAAUGUCCAAGAAAUAAGCAUCUAUCAACCAGUAGAACCUCCAAUAUAUCAAGUAAAUACAAUAGAUUUAACUGGAAGUACGGCAACAGUAUACCAACAACAAGCAACAGGAAUUAUAUAUGAACCAACCAUUGUUCAGCAGACUUCAAAUGGUGUCUUCAUACCUCUCUCUCCCGUUCAAGAAAUUCUUUUCACAUAUACCACACCUACGAUACCUUCUAUCAUUUCAACUCAAGUAUCUCCUCUGGAAGCUCCUCCGCUAACACCACCGACAUCUGAAUGCAGCAGUGACAUCGAGAAUAAUAACCCAAACUUACAACCUAGUCAAAGGGACAAAGAAGUACAAACUAUCACUGAACAGACGGAAGUUAAAACUGCUUCUUAUACUUAUGAUACACUCCUAGUUGCUGACGGAAGGUCGAAAAAUAAAAAACAAAUUAGUAACAUUAUUCAAAAAAAUAAUUCAGUAACUGAAAUAACCGUUGAACCACCAGAAGCACCAAGAGCUGGCCGAUACGUCUGUUGUGAAUGUGGCAAACAAUACGCCACGUCAUCAAACCUUUCUCGGCAUAAGCAAACUCACAGGAGUAUCGACUCACAAUCUGCAAAAAAAUGUAUCCAUUGCGGGAAGGCCUACGUGAGCAUGCCUGCCUUAGCAAUGCAUGUACUCACUCACAAGCUUACUCAUAGCUGUGGGGUAUGUGGUAAAAUGUUUUCUAGACCCUGGUUGCUUCAAGGUCACCUCAGAAGUCACACUGGUGAAAAACCUUAUGGAUGUGCUCAUUGUGGUAAAGCUUUCGCAGAUAGAUCAAAUCUUCGUGCUCAUAUGCAAACUCAUUCUGUUGAUAAAAAUUAUGAAUGCCCCAAAUGCCACAAAUCAUUUGCUCUCAAAUCAUAUCUUAAUAAACAUCUUGAAUCAGCUUGCCAAAGAGAUAAUGAGGAUGACAGUAGUAAUGAUAUUGAUUCGCCAAGUUUCUCUUUGACUACUACCGAGUGUGAGCCAUAUGCACGCUUAUAAAAAAUGAAGAAGACGAUUUAAGCCUGCCAAGGGCACAACAAAGGAAUGGAGUAGCAGUUCACUAUUUAACUUAAAAUAGAUAAUCAAGACAAAAAAAGUUAAAACAGGAUACUAUUGUCUGUUGUCAACUACACUAGCUCAUCUUCAAGAUGGUUUGUUCUUCAAAUAGAUGAUAAACAAAAACAAGCGAAUAAAAGAACUAUGAAGUAGAAAUUGUAAAUGAAUAACUCGAUCAAUUAAUAACAUGUAGCAAAAACUAAACAUCGAAAACGUUCAUUUUAUUACUCAUGAUUACUGAACUUAUUUUUAUGUAGCCCAUCGCAUGAUUUGUGCUCAGCAUAUAUUUUUACUCAUCGUAUAAAAAAAUUUAAGUAUUGAAUUUAUAAUAUAAAAUUUUACAGUAUUUUGUAGUUUAUUUCUUUCAUAUCGUAUUAAUAAUUAUAAGUUAAUUCAAAUCGAACAGACUAAUAAAAAUCUCCAUAUUUUACUAAAUUAAUUAAUUUUUAUUUAUAAAUUAAUUUAAC